AUGGGGGUUGAUUCAAAACUAGAGAUUGGGGACUACUGGUCUACCUGCCAAGCAAUAAGAAAUGCAUAUAUUGCCAACAUUAUGACUCGCAAUAGAUUUCAGAAAUUGAUGCAGUAUUUCCAUUGUAAUGACCCCCAGAAUGACCCAAUGAACAUAGCUAAUGACCAGGAACGAAAGGAAAAGAGAAAACAGGCACCACUGUAUAAAUUGCAGCCAGUACUGGAUACUGUAUUUCAGAAAUCCCGGGAAUGCUACAACAUGCACCGUGAGGUUUCCUUAGACGAGUCUAUUGUUGGAUACAAGGGACGCUUUGGAGGAAUCCCUCCAGUAUUUAUACAGGGAAAACCUCGGGCAAAGGGAUUUAAAAUAUGGAUAUAA